CUCGAGUCGAAUCUACAUUGUCAUUGUUUUCACUCCAAAGAAUACAUACUUGCGGGGGAUUGAUUCUAAUAACACUAUCAACUACCGAAACGAUGUCUUCUAAACCAGCAAUUGUCUUCGUACCGGGCUCAUUCGCCCCAGCACCCCUCUACGACAACCUCCACAAGCCCGUCGAAUCCCACGGUCUAUCCCUCACAGUCGUAGACCUCGUCACCGUCGGCAAGAAGCCCGGUCCACCACCCACCAUCUACGACGAUGCAUCCCACAUCGCAUCCGUCGUCUCGAAGCUAGUCGAUGAGGGCAAAGACGUAGUUCUGAUCUGCCAUUCGUACGGUGGUAUCCCAACAACGCAGAGCACGAAAGGACUAACGAAGAAGGAGAGGGAGGCCGAGGGGAAGAAGGGUGGGAUUGUACGUCUGGCGUACAUGACGGCUUUGGCGGUUGAUGUCGGGAUGAGUGCACAGGGGGCGUUGGAAGGUGCGGCAACAGGACCGCUUGGGGUGGAUGAGGAUGGCUGGAUGUACCAAGUGAAUCCCGAGGAAACCGCUCCCCUCGUCUUUGGCCAUUUGCCCCUCGACGAUCAAGUCAUUUGGGUCAAGAAAUUUGCGCAACACUCCGCAGUCAGCUUCGCCAACGAGCUCACGCACCCGGGGUACAACGACGUCCCCGUGAGUUAUCUAUUCUGCGAGGACGACAAGUGUGUGCUGCCGAGCCACCAACAGGCUGGCAUUGACAGGAUCGAAAAGAGCUCCGGGCAGAAGGUCGAUGUGACGAGGUUGAAUUCUGAUCACUGCCCUUCGGUUUCGCACUUGGAUGAGACGGUUUCCUGGAUCGUUGGGUUGGCGGAGAAGGGCGGGCAGUAG